AUGCGACCAACAUCAUCUCUCUCGCUCCUUCUCUUCCUCCAACUCUCAACCGCAUUCCCCGUCUCCCUACGAAUCAAGCCCCAAUCACAAGAAUGUCUGCAUUCCCAACCCUGCAACACCCUCCGCACCGCCAUAACCACCCUCGCCCUCUCGCAUUCCAAACCGAGUAAUCCCCGCAAUCCACAUUUCCCCGAGCAUCAAAAACUGGCUCUCCACACCUUCAUCCCACCCACCACGACAUCAGCAUCUGCAUCGCACGACGAUUAUUUUGCCCAAGAAGGCGCCUUCGAUAAUGCACCCACCACCCCCUCCAAAAAUAUCCCUGCAGACGAAGCUCUUUCGGCCGCAACCCCAUUGAGCACCGCGUAUCUUCAAAGUUUGACAAGGACAACCGAUGAGGAUGUUGCGAGGCCGAGUAUGCCUACUUCGGCACUAUCUUCGCUGCGCAAAGAAGAUGCGCGGAAAUAUUGGGAGGGGGAAUUGGAGAAGGGGGGUGUUGGGGAAAUGGGAAGAUGUGGAAACUCGAAUAUGUGGCCGGGAACUGCGGGGGGGUAUCGAACGCGUAUGAUGCAUUUGGAAAUGGGAAGGAGAAAUGAUUUUAUGGUUGUGGGGAUUGUGGUGGUUUUCUUAAUGGUGGUUUGUGCGUUGGAGUUUGUGGAGAGGUUUGGGAAACAAAGUUCGAGGAGAGGGGAGAUUUUCCUCGAGGAUGAUGAAACGUAUGCUUUCAUCGUUAAAAAACCGAGGGGACUCCUGGAAAGCGAAUCCGGAUGCAGUGAAAAAUGCGUACAAGAAACGGAAUACAAGGAAUAUCAGGAUGAUGAGACGAUUGUCGAUGAAGACUUCAAUGGAGAUGUCGAGCAAAAGAUCUGA